AUGACGGAACGGACGUAUCCGUUAUUCUUCCGGAGGUGGAAAGGCGGGAGGUCAUCUCGGUGUGCGUAG